AUGGCUCCACCUGUUUUGCGUCCUGAGAACGCCCUGAAAAGAGCCGAAGAGCUUAUUUCCGUUGGAGAGCCUUUGGCCGCUCUACAGUCACUUUAUGCCUAUCUAUCCUCCAGAAGGACACGUUGGGCCCAGCCUGGAGCUCUCGAGCCAAUUGUGUUCAAGUUCCUGGAGUUAGGUGUUGAUCUGAAGAAGGGUAAGAUCAUUAAAGAUGGUUUACAUCAGUACAAGAAGAACAUGCAAAUCAGCCCAGAAGGUUUGAGCUCUGUGGGUGUUGUUUCUCGUAAGUUCAUUGACACUAUCGAGGUUAAAAUGGCAUCUGAGCAGGCCAAGGCUGACGAGCAAGAGCAAGAUGCUGACGAUGAUUUGGAAGGCGGUGUGACCCCCGAGAACCUUCUCAUUUCCGCUUCUGAGGAAGAACAGUCUGUUGCUGGUUUCAAUGAUGAAGCAAUUACUUCGUGGUUAAGAUUCACUUGGGAGUCGUACCGUGCUGUGUUGGAUCUCCUUAGAAACAACUCGCAGCUCGAGGUUACUUACUCCGGUGUCGUGAACCGUACUAUGAACUUCUGCUUGAAAUACAAGCGUAAAAACGAGUUCAAGAGAUUGGCCGAGAUGCUUCGUCAGCACUUGGACGCAGCCAACUACCAGCAAAAAUACAACAACUACACUGUCAACUUAGCCGACCCAGAUACUCUACAGAGAUACUUGGAUCAGCGUUUCCAACAAGUGAACGUUUCUGUCAAGUUGGAACUGUGGCACGAAGCUUUCAGAUCUAUUGAAGAUGUCCACCAUCUGAUGGCAAUGUCUAAGAGGCCCACUAAGCCUUCGGUUUUGGCUAACUAUUACGAGAACUUAGCCAAAAUAUUUUUUGUCUCUGGGAACUACCUCUUGAACGCCGCUGCGUGGGAGAAGUUUUUCAAGCUGUAUUUGAAGAACCCGAAUGCUACUGAGAAAGACUUCCACUUCUAUGCUUCCACUUUUAUGCUAGCAUCAUUGUCUGUUCCAGCCGACGAUCUUCCUUUUGUUGGGUUUGAUCCACUAAUCCGCUUGUGCAACCUCUUGAACUUGGAGUCUAAGCCAACAAGAACGGGUCUAAUCGAGGCGGCAACAGAGGAAACUGUGUACUCCAAGGUCGAUGAUGAAAUCAAGCAGCUACACGAGCUGUUGGGUGAUGAGUUCGACUUCAAGUCUAUCAAACAGAAGCUCACUGACUUGCUCCCUGCCCUGGAGGCCAAGCCAUACUUCAAGUCUUAUACGGCUCCCUUGAGAAACUACAUCGUCAGGAAAAUCUUUGUCGGAAUCUCGGAAGCCUAUGAAAGCAUCAAGUCUGAAGAUCUUUCCGCUUUUGUCACUUUGCCCGGUCCUUUCGAGCUGAAUGAGCUUGAGAUUGAGAAGUCCCUAAUGCAGGCUGCUAUGGAGGACUACGUCACUUUCACUAUCGAUCACGAAACCGACACAAUCACGUUUAGCAAGGAUCCUUUCGAAGCUUUGACAAGUGUCAACACAAGCACCACUGAGGAGGCUGAGGGAAACGAGGAUGAAGAGGACGAAGCUAAGACGGAGGGCGAGGAAUUGGAGGCCGAAAAUGACCCUGAGCCUGUCGUUACCAGAAAUGCUGCCAUCCGUGCUCACUUGAGUGAUUUAGCCAAGCUCUUAAAGGAAGUCGAAGGUUUCUCAGACGGCUCCUACAUGUUCAAGGUUAAGGUGGCUCGUGAGAACUUGAUCCAACAAUCCAACGACACCAUCGCUCGUGAAAGAAAGGCUGCUGAAGAAAGAGCUAAGCACUUGGAGGAAAGAAAGAGAGCAGAGUCUGGUAAGUACUUGACUGCCGAGCAAGCAGCUGAGUUGAGAAUGAGACGUACUAUGGAGGAGAAGGCAGCUGCCGAUGCAAGAAUGGAAAGCGAAGCUAAGCGCCGUGCCGAGGAGAAACUGGAACGUGAGAAGGCUUUGGUGAGAGAAAAGGAAAUGCUAAAGUUGAUUGAGGAGGUCAACGCUAAGGGCAUCAUUCAUAUCGACCCUAAGGAUGCUAAGAAGCUGACUGCAGAGGACGUUAGAAGGAUGACGAUCGAGCAGCUGUCUAAGGACAAGAAGGAGCUAGAGGACCGUAUGAGGACUGCUUUCAAGAGGCUAGACCACACUGAAAGAGCUUUCAGAAAGGUGGAGCUGCCCCUACUCGAGAAAGACGCUGAGAAGCAGGAGACUAGAGACUUAGAAAACUACAACAACAUGAGAGCGAAGUUGCUAGACGCUGCCAAGAAAGAGCAUGCAGAACAUCUGAAGCUGCACGAGCGUCUCUCCAAGAUGGGCGACGACUUCAAGAAAUUCAAAGCUGGCAUGAUGUCCGAGAAGGAAGCUCAAUACCAGAAGCAGUUGGCUGAGAGCGCUGCCAAACUCGAGGCUGCCAAGAACGCACGUAUCGAAGAGGUUCGCAAACAGCGUUACGAGCAGCUGGUUGCAGAGAGGAAGGCUGAGAUCGAGGCCGAACAAGAGGCUGAGCGUAUGAGAAAGGAGCGUGAGGAGCGCGCCAGAAUCAACAAGGAGAAGGACGAACUCUACCUGAGACAAAGAGAAAGAGAAGAGGCUAUCGAGAGAAAAAUGACCUCUCAAAAGGCUGCUCCUGCUCCUGCUCCUGCUCCUGCCGCCCCACCUGCUGGUAAGGUUUCUUUCGCCGAAGCCAUGAGGUUGAGAAGACAAGGUGUUGAAGUACCAAGCGCUGCGCCUGCUAGAUCCGCGGCCAGAAGCACACCAGCUGCUCCCGCUCCGGAACCAGUUCGCGCUGCCCCAGUGCAGACUCCCACACCAGCUCCUGCGCCAGCCCCAGCAGCGCCAGCUCCAGCAGCGGCUGCUCCAGCAGCGGCUGCUCCAGCUCAAGAAAUGACUUUCGCCGAAAGAAUGAGAUUGAAGAGAAUGAAUAGACAAUAA